UAUAGAACAUUGUUGUUCUACAACAAUCAGGUAAACUCAAAAUAUAAUGGUCAACACUGGGGGGACUUUUUAGAUGUGCUCUUCUGUGAGCUAUAUAACAAAGUAAGUAGAAUUUUUAGGGGCUAUCCACACGGAAGCGUUUUCAGGUCAAAAUGUCAAAGUAUUUUGUAAUUUCAGCCUCUCAUCCACACGGGAUCGGUGUUCUAGGUGACCUGAAACUGUAUUUUUUGAGAACGGCUUCCACAGUGGGAAAAUCUGAAAACGCCAGCUCGCCGUUUCCAGAUAGACUAGCAAAUCCGCUACAAUUUAAUGAUGACAUCACCGUUACAUGACCAGUGACCAGAAGUGAGCUUUGACAACAAGCCAACAUAUUUGAAUAUUUCCAGUGUCAUGGCUCACCGCACUCGACAUUCUCAAGGUUUUUUUCUAUUUUCUUUUCUCCCAAAAUGACGCACAUGUAAUUCCACGAGCCUUGAAAAUAUGAAGACAACGGACUUAUGCGCAUCCUUUCUUUCUUCUUCUAUUUUUUGGCGUGUCAGGUGGGUCCGCUCGUGUAUUUGUUCACAGAGCCACACAUAGAUGUGCCUUGUGUGUUACAUUCAGUUAUCCGUUUCUGUCUGGAUGUAACUAUUUACUAAUCCAUCACAGUGUGGACGCAACUUUUUUUCAACCCGCCAGAAAAAAAAACAAAAACAAGAACGUUCCCAUGUGGACAGGGCCUUACAUUGAUUGAACAAGCACUGAAAAUUACAAACAUCAAUGCAAUGUGUCAAAAUGUAACAAAUACAUUGUAGAAGCAGAAAAUCCAACUCCAGGUGAUGGAGCACACGUCCGUGUUGAAGAGAACCAUUUUACUUUUGUUAUAAUCAAAACAGGCAAUAAACAAAGACACGGAGGCUAUAUUUUUUUGUCAUCACCAUUAUGCGCACUCUUACUUUAUUAUUAUCAUUUUUUUGAACACUUUUAAAGGUUACUGACCAGCAAGUCAACAUGAUCUCAGCUAAACCUGCACCAGGAAUUUCACAAUAAUCAAAAUUCUUAAAUAGGGUUUUUUUUUCCUGCUGUCUUAGAUCUUUGAGCAAAUCUAUCAGAAGAUAAGACACACAUUACUAUACAGUACUUCCCUGUAAAUGACAACAUUUAUGUUUCAUAAACACAACAACUCAGUGUUUAUUUUUACAGCACUUGUUGAAUUUGUAAUAGUUUUUUUGACUAAAACGUAUUUUAGUUUUAGUCAUACAUUAGUCAAUUAAAAUCAUUUUUUAGUCGAUUCAAUUUCACAACAUAUUAGUCAAAUAAGUGUAGUCACAAUAUAAAGUAUAAGGGCUCUUUAGAAAUGUCUUUGAAACCACCCUUAUUUAGGUUACCUGCAAAGUAUCCCAAUAAAAUGACCAACAAAAAGUGCACCUGCUCUCAAUUAAUAUAUCAUUAAAUCAAUAAUUUCACGUUAUAAUGUUAUAUUAUUUUACCUGAAAAUUUUAAAAAGUCAAAUAUUUUGUCAGAUGUUGAAUAAUUUAUGAAUAGGAGGCAGUAGACCUCUAACUACUGUAUGCAGUAACAAAUCCACUCUGCGUAACGCAAUGUAGUCAUCUGUAAUGCAACAUGCUGCUCUUUCUCAACAAUAAAAACAGCAGUAAACAUAACGUAGGAAAAUGAUAACAUAUUAUUGUACAAAUAGUCACUUGUCAGGAUGACUUGUUUGUAGAUGUAGCUUCAUGUUAGCUGUCUUUUUAGCGGUGAUAAUCAUUCACAAUGUUUACACAGUGUCUUGUUCUGCACAGCGUCAAACGUGAAAUGUGCCCAUGUGUCUACUGCUCUCUUUCUCCCAAGCGUAAGUCAUAUUGCAGCGUGCACUUGUCACAAUGUUAUAGCAUACGGUAUGGUUUUGAAGCGCAAAAUCCAACAGACCUCUCUCACAAAGACAAUAUAGGUCUGGUUGAACCUCCUGCGUAACUCGAUCCCGCCCCCUUUCCCACACGCAGCUAACGUAGUCGUGAUGGGAUAUAUUCCUAAUUUGUCUCUACCGUCUACAAUGCGAAAUAGAUAUGACUGGGUUUCAUUUCUGUCAACAUUCGUUGACGUAGCUGUCUGUCCAUUUCGUCAGAGUUUUUGUCAACGUGCAUUUGUUCUGAUUAGUCAUCAUCUCUUUUUUGUCAGGGAAAAAAAGUCAUUGACGAAAACUAUGACGAAAAUUAUUUAUCAACGAAAUUUACAAUGCAAAUCAAGAUUGUAUUUUUGUAGUUUCAAAUGGAUACUCAAAAUAUACAUUACUAUAUAAGAUACCAGAUAUUCUCAAUUGACUUGCUUUUAAGACUAAUAAUAACGUGUAUGACAGGGCAUGAUUAUGUGAAGGUAGAUAAAAAGGACAAGUCAGCGAGCUCCACACAAACAAUAUAAUACAUUUGUGAGAAUUACAAAACAUGACAUAGCAUUAGAGAGGCUCUACUGGAGCACAGGGUGUCGUCGUUUCUCAGCCUGUUCACUUGAGACAUUGUCCUCAUGAUGACAUCCAUCAUUGGACAUAAGGAGAGAAAGAAGGAAAGGAACAGCUCCUGGUUCUGAACGAACUGGUUUACUUUUGAUGAUUUUUUACAUCUUUCUUGUGUGUGGUGAAGAAACGGACUCGUAGGUCAUUUUAGAGGCCCUGAAUUUUGACUGCAGGUUGACGAAAAGAACCGAAACAAUGGGGGAUUUUAUCAGAGCAGUGGAGAGGACGAGGCGAGUGUCGACAUUGUUUCUUUUCUGUGCCAUCCUGUCCUACACGUCUGCGAUGACACACUAUUCUGUCCCUGAAGAGAUGGAGGAAGGAUCUGUUGUAGCAAACCUAGCUGCAGAUUUGGGUCUGGAUGUGAAAACGCUGACUGAGAGGAAAGUGCGCAUUGAGAUCAUUGCCAGUCGGAAAUAUCUGGACUUGAACAAAGAAACCGGGGAACUGUACAUUGCCGAGAGAAUAGACAGGGAGUCUCUCUGCCCCACCAAGACGUCAUGUUACCUUAAAAUGGAGGUAAUUAUUGAGAAUCCCAAACGAAUAUUUUACAUAGAAUUAGAAGUACUGGAUAUAAAUGAUAAUGCACCUCAUUUUAGGAGGGACACAAUUGAUUUGGAUAUUUCAGAAGCAACCCUGGCGGGUGAGCGCUUCUCUGUGAGCAAUGCAGUCGACCUAGACGUCGGGUCCAAUUCUGUAAAAACAUAUCAAUUAAGCCAAAGUAAUUAUUUUGCAAUAGAAAUUCAGACUGGAAGGGAUGGGUCAAAAUUCGCUGAUUUGAUUCUGAUAGAGGCCUUAGACAGAGAGCAGCAGGCUGUGCACAAUUUAAUACUAACAGCAGUAGAUGGCGGUACACCCACACGUUCUGGCACAGCCAGUAUUAUUGUUCAUGUUUUAGACACGAAUGACAACGCCCCUAUGUUUGAUAAUUCUAUUUACAGUGUUAAAAUCAUGGAGAAUUCUCCAAUUGGAAGCCUUGUUAUUGAUUUAAAUGCUACUGACUUAGAUGAAGGCUCCAAUUCGGAUUUAACGUAUUCAUAUAGUUUAUAUACACCAGAGAAAACACAAGAAACUUUUAAUCUGAAUCCUUCUACUGGUGAGAUCACUGUUAAGGGAAUGUUGAAUUAUGAAGAUUUUAGGAUUUAUGAUAUGGAAGUUAUAGCAGCAGACAAAGGAGUCAACACUCUAUCAGGACAAUGUACAAUCAAAAUUCAAAUUGAGGAUAUGAAUGACAAUCAUCCCGAAAUAUCUAUUAAAUCUUUCCAAAGUCCAGUCAGUGAGAAUAUUGAUGUAGACACAGUGAUAGCAGUGGUCAGUGUGAGUGAUAAGGACUCAGGUGACAAUGGGGUGGUGGAUCUUCACAUUCCUCAUAAUAUGCCUUUUAAACUGAAAGAGUCCUCUGAUAACUAUUAUAAGUUAGUGGUCUCAGAGCCAUUAGACCGUGAGAAGGUUCCAGAAUAUGACAUCACCUUCACUGUGACAGACAGAGGCUCCCCUCCUUUAAGUGACAAUGAAACAAUGACUUUACAUCUGCUGGAUGUGAAUGACAAUGUUCCACACUUCCCUCAGUCCUUUUAUACCAUACGUGUGAUGGAGAAUAACGCUCCUGGCGCCUUGCUCAGUUCACUCAGUGCGUUUGACCCUGACCUCCAUGAGAACCAGUACCUAGUUUACUUCAUCCUAGAGAAAGAAAUAGCCAACACCUCCAUGUCCAUGUUGUUCUCCAUCAAUCCAGAGAAUGGGAAUCUUUACGGACUAAAGACUUUUGACUAUGAGAUGGAGAAGGACUUUCUUUUCCACAUUGAGGCCAGAGACUCUGGCUCUCCUCCACUCAGCAGCAACGUGAGCGUCCACAUCAUUAUCGUAGACCAGAACGACAACGCUCCAGUUAUUGUCUCUCCUUGGCGAGCGCACGGCUCGGUGGUGGAGGAAAAGAUCCCCAGAUCCACGGAUAAAGGCUCUCUAGUUGCCAAGGUGAUAGCCGUGGAUGUGGACUCAGUGCACAACUCUCGCAUCACCUACCAGUUCCUGCAGGUUACCGACGCCACCUUGUUCAGUCUGGACCAGUACAACGGAGAGAUCCGCACCAUGAGGAUGUUCAGUUACAAAGAUUCACGUCAUCAGAGACUCGUUGUCGCUGCCAAGGACAACGGGGAGCCUGCUCUCUCUGCUACAGUCACCAUCAAGCUGUCCACAGUGGAGACUGCUGUGAAGACCUACUCAGACAUGACUGAGGUGCCUCUGGAAUAUGACAUCUUCUCAGACCUCAACCUGUAUUUGGUCAUCGGCCUGGGCUCUGUGUCCUUCCUGUUGCUCAUUACCAUCUUGGUCACCAUCGUGCUCAAGUGUCAGAAGGCCAAGCCCAGCAUGGCAGCUCCCCCCAGCAGGAACAGUGUGAUCAGUGAGAGGAACUCCACCAUUGCGGAUUCCACUCUGGUGUCCAACGAUGCCUACUGGUACAGUCUGUUUUUAGCAGAGACCAGGAAAGGAAAGCUGGUGGUCAGACAGCCUCUGCCAAAGGGCUCCAGAUACAUCGUGUCCAGUAUUCCCAGGAGCACAGGCAUGUCUGAGACUAGUGGCUCAGCUACUUCUACCCUGCAGUACCCUAAAUGAGGGAAGUCCACUCUGCAGCAUGGAGGCAUCCACAACCAGCAGCACCAGAUCGACAUAAGGCAGGAACUCCUUGCUGCAUAUCGGACCAAUCCUGAUGGGUGAGCGACAGAGGAAAAAGAGAUGACCUUGCGUUGACAUCGCUCCCAUGGCCUUCAUGCUCCGCCUGGUUCUUCACACUCGAGAUCCUGAAUGCAAUGGCUGAUGAUAUAAACGCCGACCCACUACCCUCUCUUCUUUCUUUAAGCACAUGAAAAGCCAAUCAAAGCCUUUCUAAUAAUCUCUUCAUUGUGCAUGAUAUGACUGCAUGGCUUCAACCACACUCUAAGAGCGUCAUCCCCGCCCGAAAAAUGUUAAGGAGAUGUUACUUGCCAAGAAAUAGACUGUGCCGUGUGGAUUGUGAAAAAAGCCAAAUGAAUAAGGGGACUAUUUGAGUGGACAAUGGAAUGUUGAAUUGCCUACAAGAGACUGUUUUCCCUCUUAAAAAGGAACACCCAUUAUGUGUAGUUUACAAUUGUAUGAACUUUUGUGCUUUGUGUUGCCCAUUAUCCACAUGAGUGACAUUUGAAAUGGCACAAUUUACAAAAAAAUAAGCACCAGUGCGAUUUUUCUUAAAUCCAAGUUUUGUAAAAAGUGACUUUAGGUUUUGUAAAUGACAUUGUGCUUUAUAUGUACGCAAGGCCCACAAAGAUGAACAAGUGUGCAGAGUGAUUCAACAAACUCAACAGGUCUGUUCACAUGAAUUAAGUAGGAUUCAGUACAAAAAUAAUGCACUGCAAUUAGCAGACAAGUGUGUUGAAAAAUCUUGCCCUGACUAUUACCUGACUAUUACCUAUUUUGCCACUAUUACUCUGGCAAAAUAGUGUUGCACAUGCAACUGAGGCCACUACAAUUGUCAAGCAAUGCUUAAACUUUUGUAUACAAAAUUAUCUCCCAUAAACAAGUAACUCAAACACAGAAAAAGGGGGCCUUUUGUCAACAUGUAGCUAUUUUUCACUUGUUUUGCAUGCCAUAACCAUAGUAAGAGUUUUAGUUAUUGUGUGAUAAAAUUCAUUUUCUGUAUUGCAUCACAUGUAUUCUCUCAGAGCAAGAUACAAGAGGGACCAACAGUAUAAGAACUGCAUUGCAUUGUUUUCUCCUAAAGAACAGGUGGCUGUUGUGACGUGUAUGCAUUCAAAAAAAGCAGUCACCAUAAUGAGUGCGUUUGAAUGUUAAGGACUAAAGUAAACCGAAGUGUGUAGAUAUGACAAAGUACAGGUGUAUCUAACAUAUUGAUUACUUUUAUCUAAGAAGCCAAACUCUGGAUGUUCCUUCAUAUCAACCUUGUCUGAUGUUGUACAACUCAAAGCUAAUAGCAUACAGUUAUGUACUAAAUGUUUACAGUACUGGAAUAGUGUGCACUUUUCAUCUAUUGGAAGCUGUGCUCAGGUGUAUUACUGACUCCUGUACCUGCAAUGCAACACAGAAAUACAUGGUGGCAGAACUGGAUGUAGUCUUCAUAAUGAUUUUCAUAUUACAUUUUUUGUUAAAAUACAUCAAGGUGUGUUUUCACAUCAUACUGAGUAUAAAGGUAUAGAUUCAAUACGCAAAGCAAAACAGCCACUGAUUUCAGUAUAUUCUGACACAAUGCCUUUGAGUGGAAGCAGUUUAAUGUUGUUUCAAUUGUGUUGUCAUAACUUGAACUACAUCAAAAACUGUGUCUGACCUUUUCAGUGCCACUGAACUGCUGUGCCAUCACACAAACUAAAUCGCUUUAACUUACACAGUAUGUACAGCAUAUAAAGUAUUAUAUAGUAUGUUGAUACCAUGCAAGCGCACAGCUGAAAUUGCAUCAGAGAACAUGUUUAAAGUUGUAAUGUUUUCCAGGCAAGUAUGCAUACAAUAAGUCCAUUUGUACAGUGGUGUUUUGACAGUGAAUCGUAUUCUAAAAUUGUGUGUGUGUAAUGUGAGUUUAUUGUAUGACCGAUUGAAUAAAAAACAUAUUGGGAACAAAA